AUGUUGUCUUUUUUGAGAUCGCCUCUUCCGCCGCGUACCAACAAUGCUGCCAACAAUCCUGUGCUGUAUGAGAGAGGCAAGUCAUCUGUCACAUUCUCCGCGCCUGGUUCGGAGUACAUUAUGACACACCGGAUUCCGCCGACAAGCCGUGAGAACGGGGUUUCUAUAAUUCAACCACCAUUCCACUAUCAUAUCUACCAAGACGAGUUUUUCCGUAUUCAGUCGGGCAAAGGAAACUUCUAUCGAGGGGUGGAACCCAAGCCAUUCACCACACUCUCGAACGCACCUGGCCACCCAACAACAGCUUCCGUUAAAGCUGGAACUUAUCAUCGCUUCGAAAAUGCAACCGACACAGAAGACCUUGUGGUAGACAUCCACCUGACACCAGAGUCAUAUGAAAACGAACAGCGGUUCUUUCGAAACUUUUUUGGAUACUUGGACGACUGCAAGAGUGCUGGAACCGAGCCCAGCAUCUUUCAGCUAUUCGUUUUCCUGCAUAGUGCAGACACGCCUUUAGCUGUACCAAUUCCAUGGCAAUUCCUUGGCCGAGUUGUCAGUAGGAUACUCCUCAUCACUGUCGCCUUCUGGGGACGUUGGGUACUUGGGUAUAGGCAAACCUAUCCAGAGUACUAUGAUUCAGAGAAGACCAAGUGA